AUGGGAAAGCAACAAAAGAACGACGGCAACGACAUCACUAUUCUCGACGACAUUCCAACCCUUGAGGAAUGCUAUGGAGAGUACCCCAAGCCAAAUAAAGUUAACGCUGCGAACGAGUCACUUCUUGGAGGAGGCGGAAUCGAUGGAGCCAUUCACAGGGCAGCUGGAAGGGAGCUCUUGGUGGAGUGCCGCACACUUAGAGGAUGCCCAACAGGCGAGGCCAAGAGUACCAAGGCCUACAGGCUUCCCUCAAAGAGUAAGAAUAUUUUCUUGUCGCGUUGCUCAGAGGCGAGCGUCCUCGAGAUUGUCAAGGAUGAAAAACUCAAGAGCAUCGCAUUCUGUUGUAUCUCCACAGGGAUUUACGGAUAUGACAACAAGAACGCGGCCGAAGUGGCGUUGAAGACUGUUCGCGACUGGAUGGACAGUCAUCCCAAUGAAGCCCGCGAGAUCGAGCGAGUCGUGUUUUGCGUGUUCUUGGACAAGGACGUCCAAAUCUAUGAGACGCUGCUCCCUCGCUACUUCCCCAAGGAUGAGGGACAGUCAAAGCCCUCAGAUACUCAACAAGAGACGUCGUCUGCCUGA